AUGUCGAUUGUAUCUUUAUUGGGGAUUGAAGUGUUGAAUAAUCCAGCGCGGUUUUCAGAUCCAUAUGAAUUUGAGAUCACCUUUGAGUGCUUGGAACCUUUGAAAGAAGACUUGGAAUGGAAAUUGACCUACGUGGGUAGUUCGAGAUCUCUAGAUCAUGACCAAGAGUUGGAUUCUAUCUUAGUCGGACCAGUACCUGUUGGAAUCAAUAAGUUCUUAUUUCAGGCUGAUCCUCCAUCUCCAGAAUUGAUCCCGGCCAGUGAAUUGGUGAGUGUGACAGUUAUUUUAUUAAGUUGUUCAUACGCCGGUCGAGAAUUUGUUCGUGUGGGCUACUACGUCAAUAAUGAAUACGACUCAGAAGAGUUGAGGGAAAAUCCACCUGCAAAGGUCCAAGUUGAGCAUGUUGUGCGUAAUAUCUUGGCCGAAAAGCCCCGAGUGACGCGGUUCAAUAUUGUUUGGGACAACGAGGAGUCCAAUACAGACGAGUAUCCUCCAGAACAACCCGUUGAUGAGGAGGAAGAAGAAGAUGAGGAAGACGAGGAAGAAGAUGAAGAUAAUGACGAAGUCGAUGAGGAGGAAGAAGCAGAGGAAGAAGACGAAGAAGAAGACGGAGACGUCGAUAUAGAAGAAGAAGAGGAUGAAGAGGAUGAUGAUAUUGAAGUCGAUGAAGAGACGGAAAAAAUUUCAAAUGAAAAGGAAAGCGGAUCAAAAUUAGGCAGCGGUGCUGCCACUCCUACGGAUUCACAUUAG